AUGGUAGUACACGGUGGAUUUUUUUAUACACUGGAACGGACAACAACAACAAAAUGCAUUUUUCGAUGUCGAAACCGUGAUUGCAAAGCACGAUGUCACACAAGUCUUUCUAUGGAUUCAUUUCUCUCUGAGCCAACAGUACAUUCUCAUGCACCAGAUCCAGAAUGUAUUCCAGCAUUUGAACUAAAGAGUCAAAUAAAAAUUAAAGCAAUGGCAUCCAACGAAGCUUCAAGUUCUAUUUUACAUUCUGAAUUACGGCUUAUGCCUUUAACUGCAGUUGGUAGUUUACCAAAGUCUGAUUCAUUAAUGAGAACUAUUCGACGGCAACGCUCGACACCGUGUUUAGAUCCAAGUAGUCGCUUACCUGACCAUUUAAGAAAAACAGAUCGUGGAGAAGAAUUUAUAUUGUUUGAAGAUGACGAAAUGAUUAUUUUUACGACGAAAACAAAUUUAUCCUUAUUGAAAAGUUGCAAGCAUUGGUUUGUUGAUGGCACAUUUAAGGUGUGUCCAGAAGAAUUUUAUCAACUGUUUACAUUGCAUGCAUUGUUGAAAUCAGUCAUCGUUCCACUUGUUUAUGGUUUAUUAAUCGGGAAAAAAGCAUCUGAUUAUAAAAAAAAUUUUCAGAAAAUAUUGGAUGAAGAUGAUUUUGAACCUGAAUCAAUACUUAGUGAUUUUGAAUCAGGCACUAUCAAAACAAUUAAAGAAGUUUUUCCUAAUGCUGUACACAGAGGUUGCCUUUUCCAUUUCGGACAGUGUGUUUGGCGACAUAUCCAAGACAAUGGAUUGUCCAAGAAAUACCAGGAAGAUGAAUACUUCCGCUUGAAUGUCAGGAAGUUGCUUUCUUUACCUUUCGUUCCAACUGACAACGUUGCUGAAGCAUUUGAUAUUGUUGCUGAUGAUUUCGAAGACGAUGCGGAUAACAUCGUUGAAUACUUUGAAAAAACUUGGAUCGGACAAAGGAAAAAACGAGGAACUGGCAGAAAGAAGCCAAUAUUUAAUUAUGAGCUAUGGAAUGUAUACGAACGUGUCAUUAACAACCUUCCUCGAUCUAACAAUUCAGUCGAAGCGUGGCAUUGCGCAUUCGCUAAUCGUGUAUCGAUGGCUCAUCCUUCAACUGCAAAACUUGCUGAUAAAAUUCGUCGAGAGCAGUCAAAGUUUGAAAUUGAUAUUCAACAAAUGCUUCAAGGGCAUCAACCACAACUCAAAAAAUUAGUUUAUCGAAAACUUAAUGAAAGAAUGAUACGUGUAGUUAAUAUGUACAAUAAAAAUGAACUUAACCAAUAUUUAAACAAUAUUAGUGCCAAUAUAAUAAUUUGA